ACACACACACACACACACAAGUCUAACUGUAUGGAAACAUGUCGCAGUACACUCUGAGAGUUCAGCUGCAGAUCCUGCUGGCUGUGGGUCUGGCUGUGUUCUGCUACUGCCUGGUUCUCGGCUGCGUCCUUUGCUAUCGCAGAAGGAAGAGUGUUUCACCGGCGAACAAGGAGGCCGUUUUCCUGUCUCCGCAUUCCGUUGAGAGGGUGACUGUGACCGUGACUCCGUCGCCGUGCACCCAGCCUGUCAAGCAGCAGUACGAGGAGCUGGAUGGCGACGUGCUGGAGUUCCCUUCCUCUAAAAGCACCUCUUCUCCCUCCGAGGAUGACCUCACCGGCCUGCCCUUUGACCACAGCCCAACCAGACUGGUGCAAUCUCCUGGGUCUUCUUUCCCGUUGCGUCGCCUCAGCACCCCGGCGGUUCCCUGCGCAUCCAACAAGCCUCAGCAUCACGGCAGAGCCUCCCUGCCCUCCCUCACUAAGCUGGGCCUGGUGUCCAGGUCCCGUCGGGUGAUGGGUCGCCGCAGCACCGUGAGCGGCGAAGGUUUUCUUUACGCCGAGAGCAGCCGACUAAGUGCCGGUGCUGCCAGCGCUCCUGUCCAGGAGGGGGAGCUAUAUCUCUCUCAGUAUGGCUCUAACUUUCUCUCCAACUCCUUCAAGCCGGCUCCUCUCCUUCACUUCUCCCUGCUCUUCUCCUCAGCCUGUGGCACCCUGAUGGUCAACAUCCUGGGGCUCUCGGGGGCCAGCCGAAGGCGCGCCGGGUUGUUUGUCCGGGCCAGCCUUCCUCCCCUCUGCCCCACCCCUCAGCAGAUAGCCUCUCGGCGCCGCAGCCUCAGCUCGGACCUCCACGGCGAGAGCUUCGUGCUGCAGGUGGGCUCCAUGGAAGAGCUGCGCGGCUGCACCUUGAGACUUGCUGUCUACAGCAGGGACUUCUCAGGCCUGAGGGAGGCCGCGCUGGGGGUGCUGGAGCUGCCCUGUGAGCAGAUGGAUUUGGAGCCUAACACCACCAGCACCUACACCAGGCAGCUCAGCUCGUCCAAAAGCAAGCUGAAAAAGAGUGUGAGUUCCCAGGAAACAUUGGGUCGCAGGAAGAGCUCGGUGUCUGCGCCGCGGCCUUUGGGCCAGCUGUUCAUCCUGCUGCAGUACCAACCGCCGGCACAGCGCAUCAAGGUGAUGGUCCGAAAAGCUGAGAAUCUGGCCAAGCUCACACGGAUCCCAGGAGCUCCAGACCACUACGUUGUCAUCAACCUGUGUCAGGAUGAGAAAGUAAUUGUUACCAAGGAGACUAAAGGGGCCGGCGGCACGAACCCCGUCUGGAACGCCCCAUUCCUGUUCGACCUGCCCUCUGGAGACAUCACUCAGCUGCCAUUGGUGCUUGAGUUUAUAGUCAUGCAGGGCCGUCUCUACACUAAGAGCAGCACUCUGGGUCGUGUGUUGAUUGGCAGCGAUACCUCAGAGGCAGGACAGGGACACUGGAAGGAAAUGUGCAGUCGUGGGCAAAUUGAGACGGCUCGCUGGCACACCAUCCAAUCAGAUGUGCUGUAGGACUGAUUGAGAGACUGAUUGACCACUCCGCCACCCAGUGAAACACAGAGAGGUGGAGUUAAAUGGGAAUGACAUGCGAUUGGGGUGCACACGCUUCAAAGUAUUUCCUUUUACUUUAAGGGUCCGUUGUUGAUUUAUUUUUAUUUUUUUGUCGCUUUGGCAACUUUGAUAGACGUCCAUGCCUCAACAGAUCGUGUCAUGAAUUCAGUAACUGGUCAUGCUGUUUAAGGAAGAGACAAAUAUCCAAAUGGUCCAUGAGUAUCUGCAGAGCUUUAGAGAGAGAGAGAAGCCCUGAACGCUGUAUGGAGCAGGGAUGUGCGGCAGCUGUCUCCAUAUCAACAGCAUUCUGCAUCCAGCAUCGCCUUUGUGAUUAUGUCCACUGUAUAAAACUGUAGUCUGUAUAACUGUAUCAUUGUGGCUAUGUGCAACUUGCGCUGAUGUUGUGGUACUGUUUGUACUGUGCCCAGAGGAUGCACAAGUCAAUGUUGAAUGUUACGGAGCGUCUGUGUCGCCGUUGGUGGUUUUGCUUGUGGCGUAUCUCUGUGCCAGUAUAUGUCUACAUCCAGGACUGUAAACGCCUCUUCUUGCCAAUAUGCACCAGGCCCUUACAGUGGCCUGCGGGGGUCAUUGUGGGAUUUCUACGUUUUGUUCUACAAUAAACAUUCCCAGAGGCCACAGCUCCGUUGCGAAUACACACUUCUAUAAUAGUUGCCACUUUAUUCAACAAUAAGGGAAAAACAGAUACAUUCAAGAGGGAAGACCCACUUAGUCAUGUGUCUGCCGUGCAACGUGAGGCCUUUGCUGGCCGAUUGAUUCCGGCCAAGCAGCAUUAUUGAGUGUCGUGCACUACUCGUACACCGUGGCUCUCUUGCUAUUGCCGUUUAUUAUUGAACACAAUCCGCUGCAGUGACUCCAUUUGUGAUUCACGACGCCUCCCAAUACAAUGGGAGCCUCAAUGGAGAAUACAAAUUAAAUUGAUUGCUUUGAUGACUUUAGCAUAUUUAUUCUGUAGUCGAUGGAACACUAAAAUAAAAACUGAAAUAGAUGCGGCUUAGCUUCGAGAGACUUGCACGGGUAAAUAUUAGCUAAGUAAAGCAAAAUUAAGUCAGACUACUAAAACAAUUGCAAUAUUGUUACUCAGUUGCAGUAUAAAUAAUAGUAUUUGACACAUUAUUACACUAUCAUUGUUGGGCUCAAGCAGACGCUUGUCUGGCCUUAUAUUGUCAACGUUAAAAACACCAAGAGUUUGAAUGUAGCCACGACCAAAAGCAUAUCCUACUUCAUCCUCUAUUUUAUUCUAAAUGUGACCAUAAGUUACUAAAUGAACGCCACAGUGUCCAGACUAGAGAAAUCUUCAUACAACUUUCAUUGAAAUAUUUGAAAAAUGUGACGCCUAGACUAACAAACUGAAGUGGGUUUUAAACAUUUAAUAUACAUGAUUAAUAAGAUAAGAUAUCCAUUCGGCAGCCGUCACAUAUUCGAUAAUGGCAGGACAUUUAAU